CGUUUGCAUACUGACCUAAGUGGAUGCCCAGCAGCUGGCCCUGUCUAUCACUCAGCCAAGUCUGAGAAUUCCUGAUUAUACUUAGCCCCUGCGGAGCUUGGAGCUCCGACAGUCCGUAGGAGGAGACCCUUGGUAACAAACCACGCUUUACAAUGUAACCUGGGAGCGCAUUUUCCUAGCUUUGCUUGGACGGAGAUUUCUUUUCCCCCACCCCCUCCAUCUUGGAUUAUAACCAUGAAAGAGCUAGCCCACAUUCCAGUCGUACACAUCCUUGCCCUGGCUGCCUUCAGCCUGGCUGAGAAACUUCCAAAAGCUCCUAUCAUCACCACUCCUCUUGAAACAGUAGAUGCAUUAGUUGAAGAAGUGGCCACCUUUAUGUGUGCAGUAGAGUCCUAUCCCCAGCCUGAGAUUGCCUGGACUCGCAAUAAAAUUCUCAUCAAACUCUUUGAUACUCGCUAUAGCAUUCGAGAGAAUGGACAGCUUCUCACCAUCCUCAGUGUGGAAGACAGCGAUGAUGGGGUGUACUGCUGCACUGCCAACAAUGGGGUAGGAGUGGCUGCGGAGAGCUGUGGAGCUUUGCAAGUAAAAAUGAAACCUAAAAUAACACGUCCUCCUAUCAAUGUAAAAAUAAUAGAGGGAUUAAAGGCAGUCUUGCCAUGUACUACAAUGGGCAAUCCCAAGCCUUCAGUAUCAUGGAUCAAAGGAGACACAAUACUCAGGGAAAAUACCCGAAUUGCAAUUCUUGAAUCUGGGAGUUUAAGAAUUCACAAUGUUCAACGGGAAGAUGCAGGACAUUACCGAUGUGUGGCCAAAAAUAGUCUUGGGACAGCAUAUUCCAAACUAGUCAUGCUGGAAGUAGAAGUGUUUGCCAGAAUUCUGCGGGCUCCUGAAUCCCACAAUGUCACCUUUGGCUCCAUAGUGACCCUGCGCUGUACUGCAACAGGCAUUCCAGUUCCUACUAUCACAUGGCUUGAAAAUGGAAAUGCUGUGUCUGCCGGGUCCAUUCUAGAAAGUGUGAAAGACCGAGUGAUUGAUUCCCAGCUACAGCUGCUGAUCACCAAGCCUGGCCUGUUCACUUGCAUCGCCACCAACAAGCACGGGGAGAAAUUCAGCACCGUGAAGGCUGCAGCCACCAUCAGCAUAUCAGAAUGGAGUAAACUGCCCCAAGAAGAUCCAGGCUACUGCAGUACCUACAGAGGGGAGGUUUGUGGUGCUGUCUUGGCAAAGGAUGCCCUUGUUUUCUACAACUCCUCCUAUCAGGACUCAGGGGAUGCUCAAGAGCUUCUUGUUCAAACCAUCUGGAGUGACUUGAAGGCACUGAGUCCACUCUGCCAGCCAGCUAUGGAGUCCCUGCUCUGUAACCACAUCUUCCAGGGGUGCAACCCUGCUAGAUUUAUGCCAACUCCUAAACCUUUAUGCAGAGAGCACUGCCUGGCUGUAAAGGACCUUUUCUGCGCAAAAGAAUGGUUGGCACUAGAAGAAAAAGCCCACAAAGGCCUGUAUAAAUCUGGAUUGCAUCUGUUCACCUUGCCUGAGUGUACCAAGCUUCCCAGCAUGCACAGGGAGCCCAUGGCUUGUACAAAAGUGCCACAUUUAGAUUCUAAAAAAGAUAACACAACAACAACUUGCUAUCAGGACAAGGGCAGAUUGUACCAAGGGGUCAUUAAUGUCACAGUAUCAGGCAUUCCUUGUCAGAAAUGGAGUGAACAGACCCCCCACAUACACAGAAGGACACCUCAGAUGUUUCCUGAGCUAUCAAAUGCAGAGAACUACUGCCGAAAUCCAGGAGGAGAAAGGGAACGGCCCUGGUGCUUCACUAAGGACAGAGCUGUUAGAUGGGAAUACUGUGCCAUACCUCUCUGCACCAGUGUCACCCCACUGGUAACAGUCAAGCCAAGUGCAGACAUUCCAGAUUGGUCUUCUUCCUCAUCUACAUUUUCACCUACCUAUUCAAUGACUGUCAUCAUCGCCAUCAUCUCUAGCUUUGCAGUGAUUGGCUUUCUCACCAUGACUGCUCUCCUUUGUUGCCGCCAAAGGCGAAGACAGUGGAAAAAUAAGAAGAGGGAAUCUGCAACGCCCACACUUACAACUCUCCCUUCUGAACUCUUGCUGGAUAGACUUCACCCCAACCCUAUGUACCAGCGCAUGCCACUUCUUCUGAACCCCAAACUUCUCAGCCUGGAGUAUCCAAGAAAUAAUAUUGAAUAUGUGAGAGAUAUUGGAGAAGGGGCAUUUGGAAGAGUCUUCCAAGCAAGAGCUCCUGGCCUACGACCUUAUGAGCCUUUCACCAUGGUGGCAGUAAAGAUGCUCAAAGAAGAAGCCUCAGCAGACAUGCAAGCAGAUUUCCAGAGGGAGGCAGCCCUGAUGGCAGAGUUUGAUCAUCCGAAUAUUGUUAGACUACUAGGAGUAUGUGCUGUUGGUAAGCCGAUGUGCUUGCUGUUCGAGUAUAUGGCCUAUGGGGACCUUAAUGAGUAUCUCCGGAACAUGUCACCUCGGACCAUGUGCCACCUCAGCCACAGUAACCUGGCUACCAGGGUCCGCCUUUCCAGUCCUGGGCCCCCACCCCUGUGUUGUGCUGAGCAGCUCUGUAUUGCAAGGCAGGUAGCCGCUGGCAUGGCUUACCUCUCAGAGCGCAAGUUUGUCCAUCGGGACUUAGCCACCAGAAAUUGCCUAGUGGGUAAUAAUAUGGUGGUGAAAAUUGCUGACUUUGGCCUCUCCAGGAACAUCUACUCAGCAGACUAUUACAAAGCCAAUGAGAAUGACGCUAUCCCCAUCCGCUGGAUGCCUCCGGAGUCCAUUUUCUACAACCGUUACACAACAGAGUCUGAUGUCUGGGCUUAUGGGGUGGUCCUAUGGGAGAUAUUCUCCUAUGGCUUGCAGCCCUACUAUGGGAUGGCACACGAGGAGGUGAUUUUCUACGUAAGGGAUGGCAACAUCCUCUCCUGCCCUGAGAAUUGCCCUCUAGAGCUCUACAACCUGAUGCGUCUCUGUUGGAGCAAGCUGCCCACAGACAGACCCAGCUUCACUAGUAUUCAUCGCAUUCUACAACGCAUGUGCGAGAGAGCAGAGGCAGCGGUGGGUGUCUGACCCGGGCAGAAGUCAAAUGGCACCUCAUACCGCUGUGGUCACUCCUAUCAGCUGGAGGGACCCAAAGCCAGAGGCUUACCUGGGUCAAGGUAGGGCACAGUUAUGGCACACUUGACAAAAAUGGUUUCUUAAGGCUUUGGGGAGAGGGGAUAGAAGAGGUGGUAAUAAAAGUCGCAUUGUAAAGAGACUACGUGUAAGUACGCAGUGGUCUAUUAUAUAGUGGGCAUAUAGGGUCACAUAUAACAGAACCUACUUCCCCUCCCUCUUAGGGAAAAUUGUCAUCCAUAUUUUACCAAAGAUGAUUUUAUCUUCUCAUUUCCUCCAUGGCUCACAGAAGCAUCAAAUCUCUCUAUGUAGUUUCAGUAUGAAAUGGGAGUUAGUGCUUUGAUGAAAUAAAAUGGCCAAUCAGCUAAAUUCUGAGGACUGCUUUGCCUUCCUUUUCUAACCGGUUUAGGUUCUUUCACAUUAUUUUUUUCUUUGGUUGGUAUGCCCUCACUCUUUAUAUCUUUCAUUUUAUAAUACUUUUUAACUAUUUGAAAUGUCAUUUUUUUUUAAAAAGUGAAUGUCUCUAAUGUGUUUGGACUUUUAAUUUCCUUUUAUAUUAAUACUUCAUUCUACUUUUUCUUAUUCCUUUGAUUCUUAUCUAAUAACCUCUCUUCCUUUAUCAUAGCUCUCUUCUAAACUUGCUUAGGAAAAAAAUUUCAUUUUCUAAGCUCUUCUUUUUUCUUUGUUUUGUUUUUGUUUUGUUUUGUUUUGUUUUGUUUUGCCUGAAACUCUCAAGCUUUCCGUUUCUACUUCUCAUCUGUUGGAAUGUUUUCCCUUCCUUGAUUUCUAGCAUAUAUAAAUAUACACAUAUGUGUGUGAAUGCCUCUACUGAAUUGUCCUUUCCCUUUUUUCUCGUCCUUUGUAUUCUUUUCACUUGCUCUUCAGCAUAUAAAGUAAAUUGGGGAAAUUAAGAGGGACUAAAAAAGGGUUAAAACAUUUAGCAGAUGACUAUGUAAAUACUUUCUGGAACCAACCUUAACAUUUGUCUCCUGGAUUGGCCCUUAAACAGAUCUAAAAUGGAACUUUACCAGAAAUACUGGACACAGAAUUUUGUUCUCAAAGCUGCUAAUUUUCUUUUCUUUUUCCUUUUAAAAUCUGAUGGGGAAGAAUCAUUUUCCCCAAGUUAUAUUAUCAGAUCUUAGUAAACAUUUCAUUUCCACUUGGAAAAUCAUAAAGAGAUUCACUUGUGGACCUGGAUUUGUUCCAAAACUGAAUCUUUUCUAGUGUACUCUACAGUUUGACCACUUCGGAAAACACAUCAAGACGUGACCGAUUUUAGUUAUGGUUUACAAACCUGUCUUCUUAUAUCUUCUGAUGACUAUCAGUGGACAAUAUUGUGCUCUCAAGAAGCAAGGGGUCUCAAAAAGGCAUGUCCACAGUCCUACAUGAUAUCUCAUCAUUAAAAAAAAUAUGAACACCGUGGAUGUAUUCUUGGAGGAGAAUAGACUUAUCUUCCCCUGCAAACUCAAUUAAAGGGGAAGAAAAAGGAUAUUCUAAGUGUAAUGGGAGGGGGGGCAUUGAAUCAAUAUGAAUUAAAAAUCUGAAUUAGAGAGUUUUUUUGUUUUCUUUAAAACCCUUACCUUUCACCUUAGAAUCAAUACUGUGCAUUGGUUCUAAGACAAAAGAGCAGUAAGGGCUAGGCAAUGGGGGUUUCGUGACUUGCCCAGGGUCACACAGCGAGAAAGUGUCUGAGGUCAAAUUUGAACCUAGGGCCUCCUGCCUCAAGUCCUGACUCUCAAUUCACUAAGCCACCUCACUGCCCCCAAUUAAAGAGUAUUUUGUAAAAGAAUCACUUUAAGAUAUUUAAAAAUUUUAAAUAGUCUAACCUAAAAAUAUUUUUAAAUACUCUAACAAGAUUAUGAAAUAGAAAUUUUAUAGGGAGAUUCUUUAAUGAAUAAACAGUUAUAUAGUACUUGGGAUUUACAUCUCAAUGAUUCUCCUAAAUGUCUGAAACCAUAGUUUUCUUAUACAGUUUAAACAUUUUCCCUUAUGAGUUUUUCAUACUCUCAGUUUGCUUCAUGGGGCAUAUCUUAAGAAAUGCUUUGAAGGACGAAGUUUUGGUCAAGCCUUAAUAAAAUUAAUAACCAGUUCAAUUAACAGGGCACAGGUGUCUAUCAUGUAUUCCUUGCUUUUAUGCCCAUUCCCAUAAGUAGCUAAGUAAUAGAUCAAUGACUGAAAUAAUUGGCAAAUUUAUGUAUAUUUAUCUGAUUUCUAGACUUUUUUAUCCAUGAUUCUAAAGAAAUGUAUAAAUGUUUACACAAUAAAAUCUUUAACACUCCAUUUUAUAGACAAAAACACAAGUCAUCCACCACUGAUUUAAAACCAAACUAAGACUUUUGCCAGGUACAAUCUAUAAGCCUUUCCUAAAAUUUUCUUUGUCCUACUCCUAAAAGCCUGUGACCUCUCUCAAAUGUGUCACUAUAUGCUACUUAACAUUGUUCUUGUGACAAUAGUAGUCGAUAUUCAUACAGCAACAUGAUUUAUAAAGCACUUAACAUAUCUUAUAAUUUGAUCCCCCAAACAAUCUGGUGAGGUGGGUGCCAGAUAUUUUCAUCCCCAAUUUCCUCAGGAAGAAACUGAGGCUGAAAAAGUUUGAGAGAUUUGCCCAAUAUCACUCAGCCAAGUAAAGCAAUUUGGGUAAAAUUCAAACUCAGGUCUUCCUAUUUCUACGCUAAGAAAUCAAUUCACAUUUAUUAUAGUCACUGGCUUCACAAUAAUUCCAUUAUAGCUAAAUACAAUUCUAACUCUAUAAUCCCUUUAAAACCUUAAUAGACUAAUAAAUCAUUUAAAGAUUCUAUAAUAUUGUUCCCAUGAAAAUAUCAUAAACAUACACAUGAAAACACACACAGAGAGACACAUAUAUACCUUAUAAUUGUGUUUCACAAAAAAACUGUCUUUUUUUCUAUUUUUGUUUUCCUAGGCAAGAUUAGACACUAGUAGAGAUGUGUCUCACGAGGGUAUUCCUCAAAAAUGAUAACUUUGGGUUACUUUUUACUUCCGUAACUCAUUCCCAAAUUUCUUUCCCCUGUCCUGUUUUGGGGGAAGGAAACGAGAAAUGAGGUGGUGGGGGAAAGGUGUCUCUUCAUAUCAUUUCAAAAAUUUUCAUAGUAUAAUUCCCAUACCCAAGAUCAAUCAUGGGCAGCUAUCUUCCUCUGUUGCAUUUUUGGACCCUGGUAAUGCAUGAAAGCAUCCUACAGUAAACACCUAGACAAAGCCCACCCCCAACCUUCAAUAAUAAAACAGUGCUUCUAAAUCAAUACUUGAUCAAAAAUAUAUAUGUUUAUAGAAGUGUUUGGCAUCUGGGUUGUAAAAGAUAGCAGCAGGGCGGGGUGGGAUAGAGUGGAAAGAAAAAAAAAAUAAUUCAGAUUCUGAAUUCCAAGGAUCUAUAUUAGAACCCAGAAAAAAAUUAGAAUUACAUUAGUCACUUAAUUUCUCUAGACAUUUGUUUCCUAAUCUAUGAAAGGACUAGAUAGGUGACCUCUAAAAAGUACCCCCCACCCCAGUCCUAAAUGUAAAAGUCAAUGAAGGGAAAGCCUUCAGAUAGAGAAAUGACCGUAGUGUUCAUAUGAGUCAGAGGAUAAUAAACCUAUGUCUAGCAGGGACAUCAGAGGCUGUCUAGUCUAAUCCCAUCCUUUUAUAGAUGAGAAAACUAAGGUCUAUAAAAAUUGAGUGACUUGUAGGACAGCUAGGUGGGACAUUGGAUAGAACACCAGGCCUAGAAUAGGAGGAUCAGGGUUCAAAUUUGACCUCAGACACUUCCUUGCUAUGUGACAUCACUUAAUCCUACUUGUCUCACCGGUGACCUUCUGUCUUAGAGCUGUUACUAAGACAGAAAAUAAGGGUUAUGAUUUUUUUAAAAAGACUAACUGACCUGCCCAGAGUCACACAUACAGCCUGUGUCUAAGAUGGGACUAAAACCGAGGUCUUUCAGCCUCCAAAGCUAGCUUUCUGUCUUUUCACUCUACUACUGUAACUCUCACUAUGCUACACUGCUGCUUACAAAUGUUUACAAAUAACACUGAAACUAAGAAGCUUAAGAGACCAACGAUCUCAUUUUAAUAGAGAAGGGAGCUGAAUACUUGCUCACAAGACCUACUCAAAGUGAUACAGCUCAUUAGUAGCCACGACACCUAACUCUCCCUUCAAGACUCAUUCCAAAACCUAACCCUGAGUUCACAGCCCAACAUUCCCAUCCUGAUUCCAAUUUCACAGUCUUAAUCCUUAUUCACUGACACCACUGGCUCCACAUUCACAGUUCAGGGAAGUGAAGACUGGUUUGUUUUCUUUUUCUGCCACAUUGGCUAUGACAGAUUAAAGGAAACACAUGAUAUUCUGCUUCAUGGGAAAAAAAAAUCAAACCCUUACAGCCACUCCCUUUUGUCUUUCUUUCUCAAAACCAACCCAUCAUUUACUAUCACCACCCUGUCCUCCCAGUCCCAACCCCUUGCUACAGAGUUAUUCUCUGAAGGAUAACAGUAUGUCCCAAAAAGCCACAUUUCAUCGUGUUCUCUUUAUCUAUCAUUCCAACUUUGGUGAUAAAAAGCAGACUUGAAGUAGAAUGAAGGAAUUGUCUCUGCAAAAAGCACAAAUAUGAACCAUGAAACACUAAAGGAAGCAACUUUAGAGAUUAUUAAUUCAUGGCCCUAAGGCUAGAAAUAUAAAAGUUCCUCGAAAGUGACAUAAACAAGACUAGAACCAAAGGUCCCAAAGUCCCACAUUAGUACACUUUCCAAAUCACUUCAGAAGGAUCUUAUAAGAGAUCCUUUUUAUGGAAGUAUAUGAAAGUCCUCUUACUUCCAAAGGUCAAGGGAAAAGAUCUUUUCAGGUGUCAAGCUUAUCAGCUCCCAAUAUUUUUCUAUUGAAUACAUAUACAUAAGUCAGGAAGAUGUGAUUUUAAAGCCUGCAUUUACUAGUUGUGUGACCCUGGGGAAGUCAAUCUCUCUUAGUCUCAGUUUCCUCAUCUGUAAAAUGAGGAGGAGGAGUGGUUUUGAUGCCUCUGAUGUCACUUCCAUCCCUAAAUCUCUGACUGUUUUGUCUGAUAUUACAUUUUGCUAUGUAGAACUUAUUCAGAGUUAUAUUGAUGUUUAUAGGGUUCUCCCUUGUCCUUCUCAGUUAAAAAUACUGUCCCUAGAAUGCCAACAUUAUUUAUCCUUUCUCUCACUUUUGUCAAAGAGAUAUAAAUGGGAAGGGAGAGCAAAAUGUCAGAAAACAAAUAUUAGAAAUUGUAUCAAUACAUAAUCUGGGAAAGAAAUAAAAAGAAAAAAUUUAAAAAGAAAAUGAAGGAUGAACAAUAAAAAGAAGCUAUAAAUGAUUCAUUGGUCGGGUAUGGGAAGGAAAUAUACACAUGGAGUUGUUUAAAUGAUAUCAAAUAAAAUAUGAUUUUAUAAAUUCUAAUGGUUAUGAGUAAUGGAAGAAUCAGCCGUUUAAUUAAUUUAAUCUCUCACACAGUUUUUCAGGAAUGCACCCUUUGCCAAGGUGAAGUGUUGGGGUAAGGGACAUUGCUUUUCCUAAUUGAAAACUAUAAGAAGAAUCUAAUAAGCAAAAAAAGUCCUCGUGUAAAUUUGUAAAUUUGUAGGAGUGUAGAUCAUUUUCACAUUUUCCCUUUAUGGUUAAAUAUGCUUGAACUCACCUUCUAUAAAUUACAUAAUGUCUUAUAGUUAAAAUGGCAGUGGAAAGAGUCAAAAGGGAGCUGCCCAAUUCUUCAAAUAUACUCCAGCAAUGAUAUAAAAUGGUGUUUGAUCAAAUAAUGAUCGAGGAAUCCAAAGAAACAUCACUACGUAUCCUGACUUUGCUGAGGACUACACAAAACAACAGCUGGAAGAUCUGUUCUAGGAGAAAAAUCCAUUAGGUGUUCAGGUGAACAUGAUGGAAGCCCAAAACAGCACUCAGAAUGGUUGGGGGAGGGAAAAGGAAUGGUAGCCUGCAGCAGUUCCUGGAAUGGGGAUAGUGAGCCACAGAGAUCUGAUCAGUCACUGAAGUCUUUCAAUGUUUGGAGUACAAAUACAUGAGAGGAGACAGAAACCAGUGACAGGAGACCAGGAAAUUGAGGUUAAGACCAAAAAGGGCAUGACCCAACUAACAAAAUAUAGGGUCUGUUUCUGUUAAAGGCAGAUAAAUAUACACACAUUAAAAACCUUAGGAAAAAGUUGGAACUUUCUUUAUCAUAAUAAAUGGCAUCUAUCUUAAUUCAAGAGCUAGAGUUACUUAUUAGAGCUAAGAAAAACCAUAAAAUCAAUUUGGAGGAAGAAAAGAUCAAUAAUCUCAAGGGAACUCAUAAACAAUGAAUUAUGAAAAAUAGUAGAAAAAUAGAGCUUAAACUAUGUUACAAAGCAGUAAUCAUCAAGAAUAUUCAGUACUACUUAGAAAAUAAAAAAGUUGGUUAGUAGGACAGAUUAGGAGCUCCAAAUGGAUAUAAGACUCAGAUAUAGAGGUUUUGUCAUAAACAAAUUAGAGGAGUAGGGAAGGCAAUACCUUUCUCAAUUUUGGGAAAAAUUCUUGACCAAACAAAGGUUAGAGGGUCAAUAAAUUAAGCAUUUGUACAAACAAAACUG